AAGACGAACACAAUUAAACUCCGGCGUUGGCUGCCUCUGGCUUCCCCUCUUCUCCGUCGACGAAUCGAAGAGAGAGAGAGAGAGAGAUGACGGAUAAUAUCUUCGAAGGUCUACCUCCUCCGUCUUCUCAACAUCAAGAGCUUCCCAAUUCUUCAAAUCCAGACGAAAGCCCCUCCCCAGCUCCGACUCUGGUUCUCAAAAGCUCCCUGAAGCGAUCUAAACCACCAGAAUCAGCACCCGAUGCCUCAGCUCCUCCUCUUCUCAAGAGCGCACUAAAGCGUUCAAAGCCAGCAGAAUCCACGCCUGAAGCAGCUCCUAAGAAGCGUCUACAGUUCAAGACAUCGACGGAUGCAUCAGAAGAGCAAGUGAUAGAAGCGAUGCAGAAGAUAACGUCUCACAUCAAGAACCCUUCAAAAUUCUCCAAAGCCUCGAAGCUCGCCAUACGCCUGAUUCAAGCUGGAAGCGUGAAGGCGGGAACUAGCUGUUACUUGAUUGCGAUGCUCGAAGCUGCUAUGUCGUCGAAAACUCCUUGUACUGAUCGCUUGGUUCGAGGAGAUUAUCAUGCUUUGUUCUCAGCAGCUCAGGAUGUCGCCGAGUGCCUUGAUAGAAGCCAGAAGAAUCUGUUGACCAUAUGGACGAUUAAAGCAGUUGUGGCUAAUGACCUCUUUACUGAUGACAGCUUUAUGUUUUCCAAGACUGCUACUCAGAUAAAGGAGGCUGUAUCUGAUCUUCCUGUAGCAACUGAGGAAGAUGACGCUGAAGAAGCAGCUGCUCUUGAACAAGAGGCUGUGAAGGACAGUGGAGAUGGAGAGACAACACAGGACGUGGCCGAAGCUGAGUCUGAUCCCUUUGGGCUGGAUGCAUGGAUCCCCAGUAAUGUGAAGAAAAAUGGUAAAACAAAGAUGACAAAAGAAGACACAGAUGCCUUGGAGAACAAGAAAUUUCUCAGGUCGAAAAGAGAAGCUUUGAUUACAUGCCUGGAGAUCGCUGCACGCCGUUACAAAGUUCCAUGGUGUCAGACUGUUAUAGACAUAUUGGUGAAACACGCGUUUGAGAACGCGUCGAGGUUCACAUCGCAGCAGAGACGAGCGGUGGAGAAACUGUGGGCUUCUGUUCGAGAACAACAUUUACGUAGGAAGCAAGGCAAGUCAGUGACGGGGAAGCUCGACGUUACUGCUUUCGAAAGUCUUCAGGAUAAAUACGCCAACGAGAAGAUGAGCAUCCGGAGAUCUGUUGGAGCUAACGGUGAACGCCGUGCACAGCAAUGGCUUGGUUGAUAAAACAUUCACCACAAACCAAAAGUGUAAUUUGUAUGAUUUUUCAACACUAAGACAGGAACUAGAAAGCAACUAGAUAAAGUCUUUGCUAUGUUCUUCUGAUUGUGUCUUAAUACCAUAAAAUUCCAUCCUUAUUCAAAAAUUAUAUUACGUAUUGAUUAUAUA